GAUGGAUAAUAGAUACGGCAUGUCAAUCUCUCUCGGGAGCCGACUACUGUUUGCUUCCUUCCUCACUUUUCGCUUUCUGAACAAUGGAGCUUGCCGCGCCUCCUCGUCUUGUAUACUGUCCCAACUCAUCUCCGCUGCCAAAACAUAGUGUUAAGGUUUCUCAGAGACCUAUCGCUUCCACUCCCACCUCUUUUGCUGAACACCCGUCUUUCUCUCUGAAUAGUGGCCUACUCCUGAGAACGUCGCGGUACCCACACAGACUGGUUGCCUGCGCUGCAUCGGUCGCUGAUAAUGGCUCAACGAUUGCAGCUUCUCCUAGCGGCGCAGGGGCUCGGAUUGGGGAGGUCAAAAGGGUCACAAAGGAGACUAAUGUAGCGGUCAAAAUAAACUUGGAUGGUUCGGGGGUUGCUGAAAAUAAUACUGGGAUUCCCUUCCUUGAUCACAUGUUGGAUCAACUUGCAUCGCAUGGGCUGUUCGAUGUGCAUGUGAAGGCUACCGGGGACAUCCACAUUGACGAUCAUCACACAAAUGAAGAUGUUGCUCUUGCCAUCGGAACGGCUUUUUUGCAGGCACUUGGGGAUAGGAGAGGAAUAAAUCGUUUUGGUGACUUCUCCGCUCCUCUUGAUGAAGCACUAGUACAUGUUGCGCUGGAUUUAUCAGGCCGACCACAUUUAGGUUAUGAUCUGCGAAUACCCACUCAGAGAGUUGGAGCAUAUGACACUCAGUUGGUGGAGCACUUUUUCCAGUCACUGGUGAAUACUUCUGGCAUGACACUUCACAUACGUCAGCUUGCUGGAAGAAAUUCGCACCAUAUAAUUGAAGCAACCUUCAAAGCUUUUGCAAGAGCUCUUCGACAAGCAACAGAAUAUGACCCACGUCGCCAUGGGACUGUUCCAAGCUCAAAAGGCGUGCUCUCACGUUCUUGAUUUUUCAUUAUGAUCAUGCUAAAGGUGGAUAAUCUAGCCUUAAGUUGGUGGUAAUUUUGAUCUAAUAUCCUCACUCCCCCCAAGCGGUCAGUGAUCCCACAUAUAUUGCAUUUAUUGAUCAUCGGUUGAAGCUCUGCCAAGUUGAGACAAAACAAUACAUACCUGGGUUACUACCGCUUGAGCAAUGCGACUUGCAAAUUAUCAAGGACUGAACGUCACCUAUUAUAUGAUUUGUUGUAUACCUAGCAGUGUAUUGAUCAACAAUAGUUGGCCACUCAGUUUAGUGUCAUCUGUUUGUUAUGAUCAUUGAACUCUUUGCAGAUUUAUCAAUGUAUAUCCAAGUUAGGGUGGUUUUGUUUCUGCCACUUGCUUUAAGCUUC